AUGGAAGUGAGGGUGAAUAAUGAAGAAAAGUUUCUCACUAUGUGUAGAGCACAUGAUAAAAGAUGCUAUGCUGAACUAAAGCAUCAUCGGGAUGAUUCUGAACACGAAAAAAAAGUGUACUCUUUACAGGAAAACAUAGAGGACUAUUUGAAAUCUGGUGGGACACUUGAUGAUAGAACGCACCUUAGUAACUUUUAUCGAGUAAAUAACUCCAAUUUGGAAAUUGAGAAGAUUUUAAACAGUGAAAAAAUAUUUGAGCAAGAUAGCACACUUGGAUUGGGAAGCAUUGAUAUUUUGACCUCCAUAUUUCAAAAUAUUUGUUGGUUUGUUAACGAGAGUGCCUUUAAACCUUUAUUAAAGGUAGAGAGGCUAAUCCAGCUCUUGAUAGUAGAAGAAGUGACGCAAUAUCCUGAGCUUGACGAUGGUAUUGAAGUGAAAUAUAUCAUCAAGACUCUUUGCAAAAUAAACCGCCACUCUAAAACUAGGUUUGCUAAAUUGUGUGGUGUUUUAAUCAAGACCAAGGCCAUUAAAUGCUUUUUGAAAUACCUUAAUGGGGACUACCGGUCUGCAUAUUCAGGUUUUAAAUGGUUGAUCAGUUUACUAGAUGAAAUGAGGGGAUUCACACUUUCAAGCCCAGAAAUAUCCAAAAUGAAUAAUUUUUUAUCUUUGGAUACAAUGAUUGCAAUUUCAAAUCUUUGUGGGAAAUGCGUUGCCAAAAUGCCUAUUGAUAUGAUUUCACAGGAAGAUAUUGAAGGACUCAUUUGUACAAUAGUAUCUUUUUGUGAACCAAACAACCCAUGCUGUUCUGGAAAUCCUACACUUUUCAUUACUUUAGCAAGCUUAUCAAGUUAUUUGUCUCUUUUGAAAGCGUCUAACAUAACUUUUGAGAUAAGCAGUGAUUUGAAUAUCACAAGUACUAGUUUUGGUCUUAGAUUGGACAAGAAUGAGCUAGAGGAGAUGAUCAGAAGGGAAAUACUUGCUGCUGUGAUGAAACCUGCUGACGAUGUAUCAAUAAUUCAUGAUUAUGACAAAAUAUUGUGGGGUUUGUUAUUGUAUGGCGGAGUUCAUAUCAAGACUUUUUGGUUUUUCAAUUUUGUUAGAAAUUACUAUAUGACGAAGUUUGAAGUUUUCCCAAUUAAUGUGCUAGAUGAUUAUGAAAAGCACAGGGUAUUCAAAAAAGGAAAUCUUUGGCAGGUUGUUAACAAAAUUUAUACCUUGAAGGAUUGUGUUUCUAAAGGAGAGUCCAAAAACAUGUGGAGCUCAAAACAUGGCUCUCAGUUUUUGACUCCUCAAGCUUAUCUCAGAGAUCUAGAUAAUACAGAUCCAUGGAACUCAGGAAUUAUUGUCCUAGAUGAAUUUUUUGAUGAAGGUAAUGGCUACGGAAACAAUAAAGCAUUUGUCAUUAAAAAGGCUGCUCAACUCGCAACCAGGAAGCUCCGAGGACACAUCAGACUCAGUGAGGAUAUUGUCAAAUGUCAUUUGGAGAAGAGUCGGGAUUGGUUAACCUUAUGGUUAGACUCUUACAAUGCCAGUCAUCCUAGAAGUACAUCUACUACCUCUGCAGCUUCCAUAAUGCUUAUUCCUAAGGUGUUGAUGACAUAUUUACAAGUUUGUCUAGGCUAG